ACCAUGACGCUGCCCUUGAUUCUGCGGCUACCGGCCCUGCCCUUGGUCUUGCUCCUCGCCAAGGGGCCUGCAGAAUUUAACAUCUCCAGUUUGUCCGGCCUGCUGACCCCGACCCUGGCGGAGAGCCUGCUGGUUGCCCUGCCCCCUUGCCACCUCACGGGGGGAAAUGCCACCCUGAAGGUCCAGGGAGUCAACGGCAGCUCAGUGCUUCAGCAGAGGUUUGUGGUGCCACCGUGCCGUGGGCGCCGGGAGCUGGUCAGCGUGGUGGACAGCAGUGCCGGCUUCGCCACCACCCGUCUGAACGCGUACCAGAUCACCGGGCUGAGGCCGGCCACCACCUACGUCCUCUCCUACGUGGUGCAGAAAGGGUCGGUCCAAGAGGCCAGCAAUAAGGUCCGGAUGACCACUCUCUCACGGCAGAAGGCGGAGCUGCUGGUGGUGGGCAUGGCCCGCACGGGGGGCAUGGUGGUCAUCACGGUGCUGCUGUCUGUGGCCAUGUUCCUACUGCUCCUGGGUUUCAUCGUUGCCCUCGUGCUGGGUUCCCACGACUGAGACCGGGGCAGUGCCCGCCUGUGGGCACCAACUCUCCGAACAGCCAUUCUCUUUAACCGGUGUCCCCGGCCCCACCUUCUGCCAAUCACUCCCACCUCUACCUGCCCCCCACUCCCACCCCGCGCUGAGCCUCCAUCCCAGAAAUAAAGCCCGGUGACCUUC